GCCGCCAUGUAUAUAUGUGUGCGUGUCUUGAGCUGAUCUCAUUUUCGUUUUGACUCUCGAGGUGUACUAACAGCAAGCUAUGUUAGUGCGAUCCUUUUGUACUGUACUUGUUUGGGCUACCGUAGCUGCUGAAGAUGUCGGUUACUUCUGGCAUGUGACCGACUUCCACUGGGAUUUUUCCUACUGGACUGACCAGCUCUCCUGUAAUGGAAUGAAUAUCAGCCAGCCUGGACUAUUUGGCAACCAGUGGUGUGACUCACCGUGGAGGCUUGUUCAGGAAACUAUUACAGGGAUUAAAAGUCUAAAAAGUGAUGUGGAUUUCAUGCUUUGGACUGGGGAUACAGUUCCACAUGUUGCUAAUCCAUUCCUGAGUACUGCUCUAAACGAAGAACUUGUAAGAAACGUUACGGAACUAAUGCAAAAUGAAUUUCCAGAUAUUCCAAUUUAUGCAACAUUCGGUAAUCAUGAUUACUACCCGUCAAAUCUGUAUCCACCACACGGAAAUGAGAUUUAUAACGAAACAUACGAACUGUGGAAAAAAUGGAUCAACGAUACAUCACAAGACCAAUACUUCCUUAAAGGUGGGUACUACACAGUCCUAGCACGUCCCGGUCUUCGUAUUGUUGCUCUGAACUCAAACAUGUACUAUACACAUGACACUGUUACUUUGGGAAUGGAUGACCCGUCGGACCAGUUUGCAUGGCUAGAUGCUGUCCUAACAGAUGCAGCAUUUAACAACGAGAAGGUAAUACUGACAGGUCAUGUACCUCCAGGUUACUCAACACCACGAGCUGUACGUUGGAUGUCAGAAGCAUUCAAUAAAAAGAUGAACAGUAUUGUUAGUCGCCACUCGGACGUUAUCGUCGCUAUGCAUUUUGGCCAUGAACAUCAUGAUAAUUUUAGACUCUACUACAACACAGCAGGGAAAGCUAUAGUUUCUUUGUUCAUCGCACCCUCUGUAACUCCCUGGAGAUACCAAAUUUUGUCAGAGAAGGAGACACCACACAACCCAGGAGUACGGCUGAUCAAAUACGACAGACAGACGGGAAAGCAACUAGAUAUAUAUCAGUAUUUUAUGGACCUUGAAACUGCAAACAAGGUCGGAUACGUGAACUGGACUUUGGGGUAUCAGGCGACAACACUGUAUGGCAUUCCAGAUGUCACUGCCCCUUCCAUGGAAACGCUUGUCAAAAAGAUGUCGAACAUAAACAGCCAAGAGUUUAAAGCAUAUGUCAACUGGUACAAUACAAACGGGGUCAAAGAUUUUCCUUGUGAUGCUAAGUGUCACAAAGUUGUUAUGUGUGGUUUGAGAAACCUGGAAGAAGGUCCUUUUAAUACUUGUUUAACAUCCCCCAACAUUUUCAAGUGCCCCCCUGCUGAUCCAGGAUGUUCGAUUGUAGGAUAGGAAGUGAUUCAAAUCCUUUAUUGUUAUUUGCAGAUAGCUUUAUGUUAAAAUCAUAUGAUCAUGAUUAAAUUUGUUUAUAGUUUU